AAGUUGAGCAGUUUUGCCGACAACUGAAUGGAAACGGAGUGAUUUGUAUCCGUUAAGUCGAUUUAACUUCCAAAAUGGCAUUUUGUACCUAGUGUUUUUUAUCGUUUGGCCUCGAUAUGGAGUUUAAACGGACUUUAUUGGAGUUAAACAGCCGGAUUUGAAGGAGUUUUCCUGAAAGAAACUCAUUCAUGGAGAGAAAGGAGUGAGGGAUCAUGAGUACAGGUAUGAAGAAGCCGCCACUCGCCCCCAAACCCAGAUUACUGGGGUCUCAGAAGCCGGCGCCUCCUCCGAUCGCACCUAAACCCGAGAUCCUACAACCCUCUCCGUCUCCAUCUCCACUGAAACGGAGUAAACCGGCUCUAGCACCCAAACCAUGCCUGGCCAAAGUCAUCCCUCAGACCCUUCAAACACAUCCAACUGUGUCCAUCAGCAAAACCGAGGGGGUUCCAGCAUCAAAAAACGGUGGUCUGUCACAGUACAUCAUACCGCCUAAAGACCACAAAGUAGGCAACGGCAAAACCAGGGGGUCGGAGGAGACGAGCGAAACAACAAGAGACGGAGACGGUCCAGCAGAUGAGCUCAGCUGUAACAGUAUACAGGAUAAUGUGAGUCCAAAUAGGGAGGGUGUCCAGUUAGACGCUCCUACAGACUCCCCAAACACUACUCCAGAUGUACACGAGGAGACCACAGCUGUGGGUGAGAGGGAUCACACAGACACUCAAAAGUCAUGGAACGUUCAGUCUGAGAAAACUGCUGAGCACUCUGACGAGAUACGUGCCGACGUUUCUGUGCCCUCGGCCCCUAGUAAGCCCCUUCCCGUCCCUCAGCCUCGGCGUCCACGCAGGAACGUGCUGCUCCGACAGAAAGGGGUCGAAUCUCCACCUGAAACGCCCACAGGUACCCACAGACACACUGUUACGUCAACGUCCUCCACUUCUGAUUCUCUACCAGAUUCUCUACCUGAAAAAACAGAAUGUGAUACGAACUUGACCCACAGUAGAGACCACACCCAUUCUUUAGCCAAUCAUAUCUCCAGUAUUGAUACAGACCCAACCCAGUGUACAGAUCCCAUCCAUAAUGCACGCAUCAGUAGAGAUGUGACUCCACCAGAGAUCGAUGACUUUUCUGAACCUCCUUCCAACAGCGAACCCCGAGUUUCCAUGGGCUCUGUGGAAGAGGAGGUGGAGGAGGAGGAGCUAAAGCCACCAGCACCUCCUCCUAGACAGAAGUCCCUCCCACAAAAAGGCAGUUUUGCUUAUAAGACCUCAUCCUCGCUGGAUAACCUACUGUCAGAAUAUGCAGAACCUCACUGCCACGAUGACAAGCUCAGCAAUGAAGAGGAGGAUGACGAGGAUGACGGUGGCGACGACGAGGAUGAUGAUGAUGACGAUGCAUAUGGCGAUUUUACUCGUUGUCCAUUUACAAGGAGUUUACCCAAACAAAUCAAGCUCAACCGCACCCCUCGGCUGGUAGCGGCGACCAAGAUGUCCUCAGCAGACGACUGCUCACCGAGGGUCGCUCCUAAAAAGCCACAGAGACACAGCUUGCCAGCAUCUACGCCGAUAAGGAAGCAAAACACACCACAAGCACAAGCGCCGCCUCCUGUCUUUGGUGCACUUCCCGCCCCACCUAAUGAGAAACCCUCCCCGUGGCGCAUCACCCUCUCAGGAAUCCCUCUGUUCGGUAAACAGCACCUGACCCGGAGCGUCAACCACUCAAAACCGCGUCCAGCACUGGUCAAACAAAGGGCCAGGUCGUUCUCCUCGGCCGAUCUGCUGCGCUCGGACUCGGAGACGGGCGUGCACAAACGCCGAAGUUUGAAGAAACUCCUAGAAGUGCGGACCUGUGUGAAGCUGCUUCCUAAGAUUUUGCGCGGCGGGAGUUCUCUGGACUGCACCACCACCGCGGAUACAGGGUGCGACAAACACCCGGACACUUUACCUGUACACGACGAGGUGACGCCCGCCGCCGAGGAGGGUGAAAACGAGAGGGACUGUGGGGUGGAGUAUGAAAAUGUGCGCCUCUAUGAGGAGAUACCCGAGUACAUGAACCUGCCCUGGGUCUACUCCAACAAGAACGCAGACAGUCAAGUGUACGAAGUGCAGGAUCCAUAUGAAAUGCAAAGGCCUUAUUCAGGUGGGGACCUGUCUGAGGAAGACGGGGGACUAAGCUCUAACGAAGAGGACGACAACAGCUCCACCUGCAGCAAAGAAGAACUGGAUCAAUCACCAGACAAAGAGGAGGUUGAAAAGGCCAAGAAGAAUAAAGUGGUUCACAUCGCCAUGGAGAUUAUGAGCUCAGAGAAAGUGUUCGUGGAUGUUCUGAAGUUGCUGCACAUUGACUUUCGGGAUUCAGUGGCCAAAGCGAGCCGUGCCAGUGGGAAGCCAGUGGUGGAAGAAAGGGUUCUGAAUCAGAUCCUCUACUACCUUCCUCAACUCUACGAGCUCAAUAAAGACCUGCUGAGAGAGCUGGAGGAGAGAGUUGCACACUGGUCAGAGCACCAGAGGCUGGCUGAUAUCUUCGUACAGAAGGGGCCGUACCUGAAGAUGUACUCCACCUACAUCCGAGAGUUCGAUCGGAACGUGGCUCUCCUGGAUGAACAGUGCCGUAAAAACCCGGCCUUCUCUGCAGUCGUGCGCCAGUUUGAGACGAGUCCCCGGUGUGCCAGUCUGGCUCUGAAGCAUUACUUACUGAAACCAGUGCAGCGGAUUCCACAGUACCAGCUCCUGCUGACAGACUAUUUGAAAAACCUUCCUGAGGACUCAUCUGACUACAAAGAUACACAAACUGCUCUUGGUGUUGUAAAGGAAGUUGCUAACCAUGCCAAUGACAUUAUGAAGCAAGGGGAUAACUUUCAGAAGCUGAUGCAGGUUCAGUGCAGUUUAAACGGGCAUCAUGAAAUAGUGCAGCCUGGAAGGGUGUUUCUUAAGGAGGGUACGCUGAUGAAACUGUCCCGCAAAGUCAUGCAGCCCAGAAUGUUCUUCUUGUUUAAUGACAUCCUGCUCUACACCACUCCUGUACAAUCUGGCCAGUAUAAAGUAAACAGCAUGCUGUCUCUGGCUGGUAUGAAGGUGAGCAAGCCAAGUCAGGAGGCUUAUCAGAACGAAUUAAACAUUGAGAGUGUGGAACGCUCCUUCAUCCUGUCAGCUGGCUCAGCCACAGAGAGAGACGAAUGGUUAGAAGCCAUCGCCACUGCAAUAGACGACUACACAAGGAAGAAGAUCUCCUUCAUCUCCAGCAGAAGCCAAGAGUCCGAGGACGUCCCUGUUGAUGGUCCCCCGCUGGGCUCCAAAGCUCCAAUAUGGAUCCCGGACCUUCGCACCACCAUGUGUAUGAUCUGUACCUGCGAGUUCACCCUUACCUGGAGACGCCAUCACUGCCGUGCCUGCGGAAAGGUUGUGUGCCAGGCGUGCUCAUCUAACAAAUAUUAUCUGGAGUACCUGAAGAACCAGUUGGCGAGAGUGUGUGAUCAGUGCUACGUGAAACUGCAGCAGAAGGAUAAAGGUGAGCAGUCGGAGGUGGCUGUUUCACCCAGUGGGAAAAGCUCAGCAUUUUCAUUCUCUCGGAAACAGAAGAAAAUUCCUGCUGCACUGAAAGAGGUUUCUGCUAACACUGAAAACUCCUCAAUGAGUGGCUACCUGCACAGAUCGAAAGGCUACAAGAAGCCGUGGAAGAGGCUGUGGUUUGUGAUUAAGAAUAAAGUCCUCUACACUUACGCUGCUAGUGAGGACGUCGCAGCACUGGAGAGUCAGCCGCUGUUGGGCUUUUUCCUGCGGGAGGAGAAAUCUGGACCAGCUGAGAAGCUGCAGUUUAAACUCUAUCACAAGAACAUUCUCUACUACAUCUUUAGAGCAGAUGAUAUUCCUACAGCCCAGAGAUGGAUCGAGGCAUUUCAGGAGGCCAUGAUUCUUUGACUAAUCUGAAGCAGCUAAAUAUUGCGGAGGGACCAUUUUCUGACCUGGAAUGGUGGCUGAGCUUAGAAGACACCUGGAAGAUUCAUCUUUAUUGAGCAGCAUCACUGAGAAGAGCAGUUCUGUUCAUACUCUCGAGUUUCCAGUCGUCAGAUUGGGUAUCAGUCAGAAUUUUCACAGAAUUUCUGCAGAAUUUCCAGUUUUGAAGCUUCGUGCUGUUGUAACAUCAUUGUGGUCACUCAGUGAGCAACCUGGUUUCCUCCUUAACCCAAAUGUAGUUGUUUAGCAGGAACACAUCUAGUGUUUAAAGUUUGCUUCUUUAGUUUUGCA